AUGCCUCCAAAACUGCAUAAACAGCUGGAUUCCAAACAAAUACAAAACUCUUUAAGAGCAAAUAUUUUAAGUCUGGUAAGUUUGUCUUUCAUUUACAAUGCCAUUUUCCCUACUCGCAUAAGUGUAAUAAACGUCUGGUCCUUAAUGUUUAUUAGAUAAGAGACAAACAGAAAGCAAUCGCAUGUUGUGCUACUUGGCGUGUGUGCAACGAAGAUAUAGAGCUUGCAAGGUUUCAAAUAGCUUCCAAGAGAUUGCUUGUGAUGUUACUCUGAGUGUAUAUCCACACCGGACAGGCUUGAAAAAUAUGCCUGGCCACGGUGGGAAUCGAACCUGCGACCUUUACGACCAUAGGUUCGAUUUGCCUGAGUACAUUACACCAACACAAGAAAAAAUUCCAAGAGAUUGCUGUUGGACGAUGCCAUUACUGCGGAUUCAGGUUGAGUGUUUAAUGACGUCACGAUCAGGUGAACGUUCCAACAGAUAAACGCGGGUGUUGUCAAGUGGCAAAUUAUAUGUUGCUAAGGGCGGGAAGGCAUUUUGUUCUUGUGUUGUUUACACGUGUUCGCAUUUGUCAGAGAUGGAUAACAUAAUCGAAAUUCAGUUUGACUACCUUUAUUAUUCUAAGUGAAGGGUUACCCCGUUAUUUAUUAGUACGGAUGAGUUAUUGUCUUACAGUUACGAUGGAUUUUGCUCUCGAAUGUUACAAGAAGUUCCUCAUAUUGCGAAGAUGCUGCUGCCAGCCGAAUCGUUGCGAAUGAUUUUGGCGGAAGAUAAUCGACCAGAAAUUGACUUGUCUCACAAGUACUUUCAGUCCCAGAUAGCACGACUGGUAAAUAAAGGACUAAAAACAAUCGUCAUUGGUAUUGCCGAAAAUGAGUCACCGCUACCUGCACAGCCAACACAGUCAUCGAACAGUACGUGUAAAAGCCAACAUUUGACAGGACAAUCUCGAAGCAGACGUUGUCUAUAUGUAUCUCAAACCGUCGCACAAAACAACGUUGAUAAACAAGGAAACCUAAAGAUUUUGUGUGUGAAUGACAACAGCUAUAAUCUUGGUUGUAGUACCACUAUAAAUUCAAGUCCUGAACCACCAGUUUUACCUUUAGAACGACACGUGAAAAGAUAG